AUGGCCUUAUUUCGGUACAUUCCUGAAGUUAUGUUGCGGUUCGUUGUUGUGGGUCUGUUGUUGGCAGUGGCCGCUGUUAGCGCCUUGCCAAAUCCUGAUGGUCGCAUUGUGGGUGGUGUCGAUGCUGAGGUUGGCCAGUUCCCUCAUCAGGUAUCGCUGCAACGCGAAGAUGGUUCCCACACCUGUGGUGGUUCCAUUAUCAGUGACAAAUACAUUUUGACGGCUGCUCAUUGUGUUGUGGCCGGUAAUGGUGUUGAACCUUUGCCUCCUCAAUAUUUCCAAGUUCGCUGCGGCAGCAUUCAACGCAUGGUCGGCGGUGAAUUGCGCAAAAUCAAGCGCAUCAUUGUCAACAAGACCUAUGGCAAUUUCCUCAACGAUGUUGCCCUCUUGGAAUUGGAAACCCCCUUGAAAUGGACCGACAACAUUAAACCCAUCGAAAUGGCCGAUGAAGAGGUACCCACUGGCUCAGAAGUCAUUAUUUCCGGUUGGGGUCGUUUGUAUACCAAUGGCCCAAUUCCCCAACGUUUGCAAUGGAACACCGUCAAGGCCUUGACCACUGAUGAAUGCGGCUCAGCCAUUGGUAUGGGUUAUGACAGCUUGAUCUGUUUGGCCCAUCCCGCCAAUAAUGGUGCCUGCAAUGGUGAUUCCGGUGGUCCAGCUACCUACAAUGGUAAAUUGGUCGGUGUUGCCGGUUUCGUUGUCGAUGGUUGCGGUAGCAGCAAUCCUGAUGGUUAUGCCAAGGUUGCGCAUCACAAGCAAUGGAUUUUGGAAAAUAUGACAGCCUAA